CUCGAGAUAAAGAUUAGAAAGAUAAUGAAUACAUUCAACCCUUUCCUCACAACCACAACAACUACAUCAAUCCAUCAUGGCAGCUGCUAGUGUAGAAGCCGCAACGGCUCAUAGCAACGGAAUCAGCAAUGGAAGUGCAAUCAAAGGAUCCUCCGCUUCGAAAUCUAUCAUAGCCAGUAAAGGUCCUGGUUUGAAUCAUCAAGCUUUGAUCUCAGAAAGUUCUCUACGUAGACCUCAAAGCCCAAUUCGUUCACUAUUCCCAGCCGAAAGUAUACCCGGAAUGAUUUCAUUCUUGGCCGGAAAGCCAAAUGCAACCACAUUCCCAUUUGCAAACAUUUCCAUGACACUCAAAAGUGAGGCAGAGGCGGGUACCUCAGCUGAUGGAACACCCACGCAGCUCACCAUUGAAGGCGAUGAACUCAAUCUGGCAUUACAAUACGGCCUCACGCCUGGACUGCCUCCAUUCAAGAAAUGGUUGACAGAAUUCCAAUCGCGCUACAAUAACCGUCCGAUCGUCAAUCCUGGUGAUGCGGUAAAAGAUGGUCAACAUCCAUGGACAGUACACGUAGGCAAUGGUAGUCAAGACUUGCUGUCAAAAGUCUUCAACACAUUAUUGAAUCCGGGUGAUUCUUGUUUGGUGGAACGUCCAGUGUAUGCUGGUGUAAUGCCGAAUUUGGUCGUCUUAGAAUCAGACAUUGUAGCAGUAGAGGCAGACGAAGAAGGAAUGUCACCCGUAUCACUUGAGAACAUUCUUGCAAAUUGGACAACAGCCGAAGCAACAAAGGGCAAGAAGUUCCCCAAAUUCGUUCUCACCACACCCACAGGUGCUAAUCCCUCAGGAACGACUGCAUCAGAACAGAGAAAGCGGGAUGUAUUACGAAUUAUUCGACAAUACGGUAUCCUUCUAAUUGAAGACGAUCCAUACUUGAUGUUGGCUUUCAAAGGUUUGGGAGAAGAUAAGCCUGAAACAAGAAAGCGUUGCCGCACUUAUUGGAGUUUGGAAAACGAUGACGCCAAAGAGUAUGGAACAGGAUGGGUAGUGCGUGUAGACAGUUUCUCAAAAGUCCUAUCUGCGGGUAUCCGAAUGGGAUUCAUGACGGGACCGCCAACGAUUAUGCAUUAUAUCGAAUCAGAGACCGCAGUGAUAAACUUGCAAGCUUCUGGUGUCGCUCAAAUUAUUACGUUCAAAUUGCUGCAAUUUUGGGGUUAUGAGGGAUUUUUGCGUCAUGCCGAUGCAACGGCCGAAUUUUAUCGUAAGAGAAGGGAUAAUUUCGAAAUGAAAGCACGUAAAGUUCUGGGAGAAGAUAGUGGAAAAGGACAAAAAAGUGUUGCAACAUGGAUCACACCCGUUGCAGGAAUGUUUUUGUGGCUACGAUUGAAACUACCACCAAGUGUCAACUCCGCCGAAGGGGAUUCAUUUGCUCUCAUUCGAGAGAAGGCGCACGAUAAGGGCGUUUUAGCUGUUCCUGGAAUGAGCUUCAUGCCCGAUGGAAAAACUACAUGUUAUGUUCGCACAAGUUUCAGUUUGAUCCCUGAGGAGGAUGUCGAAGAAGGCCUAUCACGUUUACGAGCUGUUAUUGAAGAAGCAUGGAAGGAAUCUGGACAAGAGAUGCCUGCUUGAAACGUUCAAGCUGAUGUAUAAUUAUGCACUUCCAAUCUUAACACUAAAAUGCUAAACAGGUGCGAAUUGUAAUUUUUCGGCUCAAAGCGGAAUAUUGUUCUACAUGACGGCAAUCAGCGUUCCGCGUUUCAAAUGAUUGCUUGAUCAAUAAUAAAUCGGAAAAUAAUCGACUCUUUGGCAAAUAACUAUUUUGACAGCGGAUUCCCCGUCUCAGCUCGACGCCCGAUUAUUGGGCUGCACUUUUCGCGGACCGUU